AUGGGUGGGAAGGCAAGUAUAUUCCGCCUUUGCAGAGAAACUCCCAAAACAAAAAAAUCGAAAAAGAAACAAUCUUCAAGCGCUCCUCAUUUAACUACAACUAAUAUUGGCCCAACAGAAGAUAACAUUGAAAAUCCUAAAGGAUAUCUAUAUUUCAGUAAAGAAGAACAGAAAUAUUACGAUUCUUUACUGUCAAAAGAAGAGCAACAAACAGAAGAAAUAAUAGCUCCAACUAACUGGCAAACAAGUGAAAUCCUCGGGCAAGGAAGUUUCGGACGGGUUUUAUUUGCUGCAAACAUGGACACUGGCAAGCUAAUGGCAGUCAAGCAAAUCCCUAUAGUUGGCUUUGAAUAUGAAACUAUCCAUCAAAGAGUAAAAGAGAUCCAAGAAGAAGUAGAAAUUCUAAGCCAGCUUAAACACAAAAAUAUAGUCCAAUAUUUGGGAACACAAAGAAACGACCAAUUUUUAAAUAUUUUUUUAGAAUAUAUCCCAGGUGGCUCUAUUUCUUCUUUACUUGCGAAGUAUGGAAAAUUCAAUGAAACUCUGAUAAGGGUUUAUACCAAGCAAAUCUUGGAAGGACUGGAAUAUUUGCAUUAUCAUAAAAUUAUACAUAGGGAUAUUAAAGGCGCAAAUGUGCUGGUAGGCAGCGAUGGGGUGUGCAAACUAGCUGAUUUUGGGGCUUCGAAGAGGAUUAUAGGGUUUUGUGACCAAACACAGUUCAAAUCACUGAGAGGGACAGUAAAUUGAAUGGCCCCAGAAGUAAUGAAAGAAGAAGGUCAUGGAAGAUUUGCAGAUAUUUGGAGCUUAGGCUGCUUAGUGGUAGAGAUGGCGACUGGAAAACCUCCCUGAUACUAUAAAACAAACCCAAUUGCAGUUUUCAUGCAUGUUUGCAGCACAACUGAUCUACCUGAACUGCCUCCUGAGCUCUCUGAUGAAGCCAAAGAUUUUAUAAAAGAAUGCUUUAAAAGAGAUCCAAGCCAUCGAUCUAAUGUACAUAAGCUGCUGAGGCAUCCUUUUAUAUCAGGCACACUGCAAUGCCCAAUUUUCAUAGACUGCAACAAAAACUAUGAUUUUUCAACUGUGAACAGUACAAAAUUUUCAUCAGAAGAAAAUAAAGGAGCUUUUUUAUCAGGAAGUUUAGCUGAAACUGUCCUUAGUGAAGAAAUUAAAUCAAAACAACAAGACUGCGAUGAAGCAAAUUUCGAGUUUUGUGACCCUCAUCAUAAUGAGGAUGAUUAAAUAUGGUGUCGCAGCUCUUCGCGGUCUCCCUUGAGCACAUAAUUAUAUUGGCAAGUUUUUUUCAACCUAGAAAUGGACGGCAAUCCUAGGUAAGCAAUUAUAGUAAAGUGCAUAGCAUAAUCCUAUCCGCUUUGAGGAUUGUAUUUAUCUCGAAGGAAAAGGCGAUUUCAGAGAUGGAAAGGGAAAGCCCAUCAGCGUCUGCAGACAAUGCCUAGACUAUUCGGGCAUCUUCCUAGUGUGAAAGUGGGAGUUCCGCCGCAGGCUUUGAAUUUUUCCUUUUUGCCGAUAGUCCACCAGAAAUUCCAUUUUUUGGGAUUUUUGCGGGGAUCUUUCGCCAGCCCAAGCAGCAAGCUGCAGAAGUCCAUAGCCUUCCCACUCAACACUGAAGCCUACAAGACAAGGAGGAGACAGAGAUAUAGAACCCUACUUUACAGGUGUCAUGGCGUCAGGUGGUGAAAAGAGGAAAGGUGGUUCAAGGGCCAUAACUCGCCCGGUAGUUAUCUAACUCGAAGAAGUUCUCCCUGUCAACUCCGCAAAGAGGGUGAAUCCCCUAUGGGAUCCCUGGUGGCUUCAUUACCAAUAGACAGAAGCCACAACCUUUAAUUUAAGUUUAUACCCUCAUCAUAAUGUAAAAGCGCCUUUUGAUAACAUUAUUACUAUAAAUAAAUUUAUACCAUUAGCAAAAGAAGAAAAUGAAGAAGUAAUCUUGAGAAGACAGAGCGACUCUGAAAGCUCUGAAGAAAGCAAAAUAUUUAAUAGUGCUUUAGAAGUAUGCAGAGCUGAGUUAUCACCUCCAAUUCUGGUGAAAAUUCAUACAGUUAGAGUAGAAUAA